ACGCAUUGUCGCGCAUGCGUAGAUCAAUAUACGGAAAGCGCUUCUGUUUUCUGCAGCGGUCCGAGUUUUGUCCGUGUAAACAGAGACAUGUCGCAUUCCCCGGACUCCCACAGCCUACUGUCUGCCUCUUCCCAGCUGAACCUGAUGGAAGUGGACUCGAUUGAUGAUAAGGAGUUUGACAUUCCACAAGUGGACACACCUCCCACACUGGAAAGCAUUCUCAAUGAGCUGGAGGAUGAGGAGGAACCGUUUGUACUGGAGGACACCUGCAUCCUAAACACAGACAACAUGGAUGCUCACUCCUGCGAGACCUCCUCUCUGGCCAGCUCUGACAGCGGAGACCCAUCACACCUUAAACGAAGGAAGAGGACCGUGGACAUGAGUUCAACAGUUCAUGGAUGUGUCCUUCGACACAGCCUGCUGAAGGGCAUCUCUGCACAGAUCGUGUCUGCUGCUGACAAAGUGGACGCUGGACUUCCAACAGCUAUAACAGUGUCGGGUGUCAUUGCUGUGGGAACGUCUCAUGGUCUGGCUUUGGUCUUUGGAAAAGAUACCAACCAGGCCUUGCGGCUCUGUCUGGGUACCAAGACGACUGGAGCAGAGUUUGGUGCCGUCUCUGCCCUGAGCAUCAACCAUGACUGCUCACGACUUCUCUGCGGGUUUGCCAAAGGACAGAUUACAAUGUGGGAUCUAGCCAAUGGGAAGCUUCUGAGGACCAUCACUGAUGCCCACCCUCCUGGGACAGCCAUUCUGCAUGUGAAGUUCACAGAUGACCCAACUAUUGCCGUGUGCAAUGACAGUGGAGGAUCUGUUUUUGAGCUGGCUUUCAGGAGGGUGAUGGGGAUGCGGUCAUGUGACUCUCGAUGUCUCUUCAGUGGUUCUAAAGGGGAGGUGUGCUGUAUCGAACCUUUGCGUUCUCCUCCGGACUUCAGAGACCAUCCCAUCACGCACUACUCUCUGCUCGCUAUGGCAUCUCUCACUAAGAUUCUAGUCAUUGGAUUAAAGCCCUCCCUGAAAGUCUGGAUGACAUUUCCUUACAAUAAGUCGGAUCCAUCCAGCGUUCCUCAGCUGGCCUGGCAGUUUGUUGCUGUCCAGAAGAUGGUCAAUCCAGUCCUGGCUUUUUGCAAAGGAGAUACCGUCCACUUCCUCUUGGUAAAGAAAGAGGAAUCGGGGACGAUCCACGUCAUCAAACAGAGACAAUUCCAGCUCAGCUGUGACAUCAUCAGCCUAAGUUGGAUUAACAGCCGUACGCUGGUCCUGGUGGACAGCCACGAAAAGCUGCACGUGGUGGACCGGCCUAGCCAAGAGGUUUUGGAGACUCUGGACUUGGAGCAGGUGCAGCUGGUCUAUAACAGCCGACAUUUCAAAUCAUUGGCAACUGGAGGAAACGUCUCCCAGGCUCUGGCUUUAGUUGGAGAAAAGGCUUGUUACCAAUCAGUCUCGAGCUACGCAGGACAGAUUGUGUAUUUGGGCACCAAGUCAGCUCACAUUAUGACUCUACGGAACUGGAGAGAGCGUAUUGACUGCUUGAUGAAGCAGGAACAUUUUGUUGAAGCCCUCUCUUUGGCCUGGUCCUUUCACGAGGGAGCUGCUAAGGCUGUGGUUGGCCUGUAUGGAGAUUCUCUGAAGAGGAAGGCAGUGGUCAGUGACAAGAUGAUCGAGAUCCUUUUCCAGUUUGCUGAGCAUGCUUUGAAAAAGUGUCCAGAACAAGGCAAAAUCCAAGUGAUGGAGCAACAUUUCCAGGAUGUAGUUCCAGUCCUGGUGGAUUACUGCCUGCUGCUACAGAGGGC